AUGCCGCGUGUGUGGCAGGACAUCUGCUCUCGGCAGCUUACGAGGAGGUUGGAGGCGAACCGGGAGAACAUACGGCUCAAGAAGCAGUACGAAACAGAGAAACAACUAGUCAAGAGCUUCAAGAAGUUGCUGUACAACCGUCGCGUGCCACGAGACGCAGAGCCCGAAGCGACGAAACACACGAGACGUACGGAUAUUCCUGAAGGGUACAUUGAGAGGAUGGCUGCGAUGGUGUUCAAACAGCUAGAGGCAGGCGUGAAAGUGUGUUACGGUAAAGUGGAGAGGAUUUUCGAUGCGCAACGACUAGUACCCAUGAAUUUGGUGCCUCACGGAACGCUGCUGGAUCGCAGGGUGAUGACGAGGGGCGUUGAGAGGAAGUUUUACGACAGAAGAACGAUGCCCGUUGAUAUAGGUCAACGGUUCCAAGACAUCGCGGCGGACGAGAUUGUGGAGCGCUUUGGGCUUGAGAUGAGCGACUUCAAGACAAACACGUCCGCCACAGCCUACGCACAGUAG